AGAAGCUGUGAAACUAAAAAACUCUCAUCAGCUUCAUUUUCAACUUGAUACCGGAGCAUGGAAGUCGUCGGCGUGCACGGAUACAGCUCUACGCCGGCUUAAGAAGUUGGACAUGCAGAAAUUUUGAAUGCCAUGACUCUUGACUUUAGACAAGGCGUGCAGUGCUUCAGAAACAAACAAAAAAAGGCUGACUUGGUCUUUUUGUCCUCGGAGGGUGUUUAAUCCGAUCAACAUGUGGCACUUAAAGAAUAUGCACCUUUAGUCUGGAGGAAUACUGAUCCCAUGGGUGCUGCUUAUUAUUCACGGUAAUGGAAUGAAGACACUAUCUUGAUAUGAUGGAUGAUAGAUCCAGUAAGCUCAUCUUGGUUCCUAUUUUAGCUGUUCUUUUUGUUAUGAUAGGUUACCAGUACAUAUGUCCCGCUGGCAGCAAUUCGUGCCACUUUAAGUCUGGGGAGAAAUUAAGAGGGGUGAGCCUGCUUUCAACCCCGUACCAGGACAGCGAUGAUUUCUACAGAGAUCAAGACCUGGAGGAUGACAGCCCUGCUAAAGUACCGUCCAAAUUCAACUUCACCGAAAGAGACCUCGACAGACACGUGGAGUUCAAUAUCAAAGGGGACGACGUGAUAGUGUUUCUGCACAUCCAGAAGACCGGAGGGACCACUUUCGGGAGACACUUGGUGAGGAAUAUUCGCUUGGAGCAACCGUGCGACUGCAAGCCCGGGCAGAAGAAGUGCACAUGUCACCGACCAGGGAAAGAGGAGUCCUGGCUCUUCUCCCGGUUCUCCACUGGCUGGAGCUGCGGACUGCAUGCAGACUGGACCGAGCUUACGAACUGUGUGCCCGUCAUAAUGGAUAAGAAGGAAGCCCAGAGGAAUAAAAGGAACUUCUAUUACAUCACCAUGCUGCGUGACCCAGUCUCCCGCUACCUGAGCGAGUGGAAGCACGUCCAGCGUGGAGCCACAUGGAAGACCGCCCUCCAUAUGUGUGAUGGACGUUCGCCCACCCAGGACGAGCUUCCCACCUGCUACAAUGGGGAUGACUGGUCCGGUGUCACCCUGACUGAGUUCAUGAAUUGCCCAUCUAACUUGGCCAACAACCGUCAGGUGCGCAUGCUGGCUGACCUGAGCCUGGUGGGCUGCUACAACCUGUCCUCCAUGAAUGAGAGCCAGAGGAACCACAUCCUUCUGAGCAGCGCCAUGAGCAACCUGAAGAACAUGGCUUUCUACGGCCUGACUGAGUUUCAACGGAAGACGCAGUACCUGUUUGAGCGGACGUUCAGCCUGCGCUUCAUCGCCGCUUUCACGCAAAUCAACAGCACGCGGGCCGCCAACGUGGACCUGAGCGAGCUUGUGCGCAGACGCAUCGAGGAGCUCAACUUCCUGGACGUGCAGUUGUACGAGUACGCCAAGGACCUGUUCCUCCAGCGAUUCCAGUUCACCCGCCAGAGGGAGCACCAGGAGGUGCGCUUGAAGAGGCGCGAAGAGAGGCGUUGGCUGAGGGAGCAAAAAGAGCAGGGCAGGCCAUGGCCGCCCAAACACAGAGGGGGAGGAAAUAAAGGUGGGAGAGGUGGAGCGGGGCUGGAGAAAGGGACUGACAGUGACUUCCCCACCACCACUGAGGACUACACAAGCCAAGUGGUCCGUUGGUGAGGCUUUGGUCUUAAGAGAGAGGAGCAAGAGAGAGAUUCCUCAUGGACUACUUUAAACGUUUCCUUUCGACUCUCUCGCACAUGCUACGUCUCUCUCUUUUCGUCUCACCAUUAGUCUCCUGCAUCUGUCUGUUUCUCAGCUUCAGUGUGAUCCGAGUGCUCUGCUGUUUCUUUACGAAAACUGCCAAGUCUGUGAGUCUCACAGCAGCUCUGCCUUGGGGCCCUUUGGUGUCUUAAAUCUUUAAAUGCUGUUUAUAUAUUUCAUUGAAUUUUUUUUUUGCCUUGUUUAUUUAUCAUGUGUUGAAUAAGAAUAAGUAAACUGAGGUGAAAGAAAGAUAUAAAAAAAAACAAUCAAAAGAAACUGCCAUGCACUGCGCUGAUUUUUAAUUUUUGAAUUUCACUGCAAAAUUGAUGAUUGUCAUUGUCUUUGUUGCAGCUGGUAGAACACUUUCUCCAUUUUAAAGACGUAGUCAUAGAAGAAUCGAUGGUUGCAUGUCACACGUUGUACUGACAAUUGAGGAGAGUGAUUUCCAAAAGAUCCACAGCGCUAUAAGCCAAGGUUAAUAAAAAACAUUUUAU